CCGCAAACGACAGCCAAUGACGUGUCUAGAAUGUAAAUUUCAAAUAACCCGCCAUCUUGUAAGUUGUUGAAGUGGAAAAGUUGCAGUUUAGUUUUUGGGACGGUGAAUUAGUAGUAGGAAUGGAGCCGCCGGUGUCAAGAUUUGCCAGUCGGUUUCGCAAGGAUGCCAGCGUGGAGCUGCUGCGGGUGAAGAUGGCCCGCAGACGCUCACAGUCUCAGAAAGAGAACAGGGAGCUUGCAAUCGCAAAGAGCAGGGGGCUGGCGCUGCAGGACCCCAACAUCUCCACUGUGAGGGAGAGUGAACUGUCUGUCCUGGAGGCUGAGGAGGCUUUCCAGGAGACGCGCUCCGUGCUGCGCAAACCUGCAGCCCUAGCAGGUGUCAGCAAAGCUGUGGUGGAGCGCAAACAGAUGCUGGAGCGCUACAAAGAGGCCAAGGUGCUGCAGAAGAUGAAGGAGCAGAGGGAGAAGGCCAAGAAGGGAGUCUUCAAGGUGGGGGUGUUCAAACCGGACCCCCAGUUCUUCCUGCCGUCUGUGCUAGGCCAACCCAACACCCGUGCACAGCACAAAGUCAAGGAUCCUCCAGCUCCAGUGUGCGCAAAUAGAGUAAACACACGAUCAAUGGCAAAGAAGCCAGACCCUCCAAAAAAGGGUGUUGUCAGCCAGCCAUUGGAAGCUCCAGUAAGGAAGGCCACAGUGCUAACACGAGGCCAGAAACAAGCGGCAGCAGCAGCGCCCCCUGCUUCCACAACACACAGAGCAGUGCCUCAGCCAGCCCUGACCAGAGCUCCCGUCACUAGAGCCUCCAAACCCAGUGCCGCUCCUGUGACCGUGAAGACCAGGACCUCGCACCGAGCUGCCACAGCUAAAGGGCAGACUAAAGAGACAGAGCUGAAAAAGAAACCAGUGAAGGAUCCACAAGUUCCAGAAGAGAGUCGCACGGUUCCUGUGCCAAAGCUGAAGAGUGACGCAGUGGAGAUGGGAGAACAUGUCCUCAAGACCUGCCGUCAGACUUCAGAAAGAGAAACGCCAGCCAGUGUGCCUGCAGAGCAGAGCUCCGCGCCAGUGGAGAGCCAGCAGCCCCCCUCCUUCGCUCCCGACAACUACGUGUUCCAGCCGCCAGCAUGGAUCACUGCACACUGUCUCACUCCCAUGAGCCCCUGCAGUGCCAGUGCCUUCCUGGUGCCCACCUUCCGCUGGAGCCCAGUGCAGAGGAGCAAGAGUGGCAGCUGCCAACCUACUGCAGUCACUGACUUCAGGAAUGAAGUGCUCAGGCCUGACUGCAAGGCACAUGAGCCUUCCAACUCCACAGCUCCCCCUGAGGAGACCCCUGACAGCGAGAGGCUUGAUGUUGCCCCACAGUCUCCAGAUAACUAUCUGCAUUCUUCUAAGAGUGAGAAUCUAGCUCCCAGUCCCACAGCAGAGUCUGGGAAUAGUAUUCCAGACAUGUUUUCUCCCAGAAAAGAUGACCAGGAGAUGGUAGAUUGUCCCCUGAAAGAAUAUCAAGAUAUGCAGACUUCUUCAAGAAAGGAGGAUCCGGCAUUUGGGAGUUCGCCCAGGAAAGAUGACCAGGAGAUGACGUCUUCUCCCGUGAAGAAUGAACAAGCAGUUCUGGGCUCUGCAAGGAAGUUGGGAGAUGCUCCCCUGAAAGUUGACCAAGAGGUGGCAGGUUCUCCCAGGAAAUGUGAUCAAGACAUGGAGGUGUCUUCUCCGAUCAAAGCUGACUACCAGAAGAUGUCUUCUCCAAGGAAAGAUGACCAAGAAAUGGCAGGUGACAAUUCCGUUGUGUUUUGUCCCCAUAAUAAAGAUGACCAUACAUUGGAAGAGACUUCCAGCAAGGUUGACCAAGCCCUAAGCUGUCCCAAUAAAGAUGACCAAACACAAGCCGUUUCUCCCAGUAGAGAGAGCCAAGCAGGGUUUGCUUCUUCCAGUCAACAGGAUCAGUCUGUUCCAGCCCCAGGAGGAGAGCGUGAGGCCCGGAACGCUGCUUCCUGGGGAACGCAGGGACAACCUGCUGAGCCGCCACACGAUGUGCCCUAUUUCAGAGGUGCUAUAGAGAAGGAGACGGAGAGACUGACUUUCCUGUCUGAACAGUGGCAGUCCAGGACUGAGGAGGCAGGGAUCCCUGAGGAGAUUCAAGACCUGAUGAGGACCACAGUGGGGCAGGCACGGCUGCUGAUGGCUGAACGGUUCAAGCAGUUUGCUGGGCUGGUUGAUGACUGCGAGUUCAAGAGGGGAGAGAAGGAGACGACGUGCACUGAUCUGGAGGGAUUCUGGGAUAUGGUCUACUUCCAAGUGGAAGAUGUCAAUAAGAAGUUUACCAACCUGACUGAACUGCAAGAGAGCGGAUGGCAGCAGAUCAGCCACUUCCAGCCCAGAGCUAAGAAGGCUGUCAAGAAGGCAGCGCCCCCCUCGAAAGCUGGGAAGGCAGAGGGGCCGAGUGUCACGGCUGCAAGGAGCAGAUUGGCCGCAGUGAAGGCAGCGAUGAAGGCUCGGAAACAAGAGGCGGAGCUCCAGAGAAAGGUGGCAGAGGAGGAGCCCAAGCAGACCAUGCCUGUUGUUGUGUUUGAUGCCGGGUUCUUUAAAGUGGAGAGCCCUGCCAAACUGCAGCCAGGUAAGAGGAUCUCAAGAUGCAGUACAGCCCAUAGCUGUGCCACUCCUCUGCGCGCUGUUUCUGCUGAGGGGCCCGACUCCUCCAGGACCACUGGCUCUCCCUUACACAAUGUGCUCCAGACCCCUGAGAGACCCUGCUCUCCCCCAGCCCUUAAUCCCCCCUGCUCUCCUGACCACACACAAGAGAUGAACCACAGUGCUCACACCAGAGUUGCUGCACAAGAUGUGUUAUCCAGGACACCCAAUACAGAAAAUCAGGAGUUCCAGGUGUUUGACUUUGAGAAGUACCUGCAGCCCAUGGCGAGGUUAUCGGAGUCCCCUGCUACCUGCCUCGCCCCCUGGGACAGCGUGGCCCCCCUGCAGAGCCUGGGGGACGCCAUGGAUAUGUCUUCUCCAGGACUUCAACUGCAGGACGUGGAGAUGGACAGCCCUGUGCCCCCCACGCAGCUAGAGGAGCCGGGACACACCCGCACAGUUCAUACACCCUGCAAUGAUGUCAUUAAGAACUUGGAGACUGUUGCCCCCAUUUCUUCUCCCCAAGUUGCUGCGUUUCUACCCUUCACACCAAUGAUCAUAAACCCUGCCCGCCAGUCACUCGCACUGCAGGACCUCAUGAUGUUUACCCCUCCCAGCAGCUAGGUGGAGAGACUCGAGGGAUGGGAGGGGCGUGUAAAAUAUGUUGUAAACCAGUUUUAAAAAAAAAAAAAAAAAAAAAAAAAUGUAAAGCAAUUUUGUAUUGCAUGUUAAACCAAAAGAAAAAUCUGUUUUUAGUUUUUUUUUUUAGUUUUUUUUUUAUUGUCACAUGCCCAUUUCAGAUGUUGAAAGUAAUUGAGUAAUAAAAUGGCAUUUAUACCUGA